CACAUUAAAGCUAAGCGAACACGAACCAAGACUCUACUCCCAACAAUUGGACUUGGAGCCGUCCCAUUGCGGCGCUCAAAAUCCGCCUCCUCUCUGUGGCUUCCGUUGAUUCCGAUCUCCCUGGCGGGCGGUAUCGCGAUUUCGUCACGAAGAAAGCGGGAAGGUUCGCAGUAGCUCGCCUUUCCUCGUUUUUUUGGAGUCUCCGUAGAUUCUCGGCGACUGUUUGUCUUUUGGGAUAUUUCGGACCGUUUCUGGCCGGAAAGAUACGGAUUCUUCCGCUUCGGAUCUCAGGGAUCUAGGGUUUGGAUCGCGGAAUGCAGCGGCCCGGGAGGUAUGAACGGCAGGGGACGAGUGCGAUGCCGGGGGAGAAGCGGGGGAUGGAUACCGGUGACGGGGACGAGCUGCAACCCGAGCCCAAGCGGCCUAAGGUCCCGGCUCUUGCGAGUGUGAUUGUUGAAGCCUUGAAAGUGGAUAGUCUGCAGAAAAUCUGUUCAUCAUUGGAGCCCAUCCUUCGUAGAGUUGUCAGUGAGGAAGUGGAGCGAGCUUUGGCAAGGCUUGGUCCUGCAAGGAUUGGUGGAAGGAGUUCACCAAAGCGGAUUGAAGGGCCUGAUGGAAGAAAUCUACAGCUACAUUUCCGGACAAGGCUGUCCCUUCCUCUUUUCACAGGUGGAAGAGUGGAAGGGGAACAGGGAGCUGCAAUUCAUGUUGUUCUUUUUGAUGCAAACUCUGGCCAUGUUGUAAGCUCAGGACCUGAGGCAUCCGCCAAACUGGAUGUGUUGGUUCUUGAAGGUGAUUUUAAUAAUGAAGAUGAUGAAAAUUGGACUGAAGAAGAAUUUGAGAGCCAUGUAGUCAAAGAGCGUGAAGGAAAAAGACCACUUUUGACAGGGGACCUGCAGAUUUCGUUGAAAGAUGGAGUUGGUACCCUUGGAGAGCUUACUUUUACUGACAAUUCUAGUUGGAUUCGAAGUAGAAAAUUUAGGCUUGGCCUGAAAAUUGCCUCGGGCUACUGCGAGGGUGUUCGUAUACGGGAAGCCAAGACAGAAGCAUUCACAGUUAAGGAUCACAGAGGAGAAUUAUACAAGAAGCACUAUCCACCUGCUUUAAAGGAUGAGGUUUGGAGAUUAGAAAAGAUUGGGAAGGAUGGUUCAUUUCACAAGAGGUUGAACAAGUGUGGAAUUUUCACAGUUGAAGAAUUCCUCAGGCUUGUUGUUAGAGAUCCCCAAAAAUUGCGUAAUAUCCUUGGAAGUGGUAUGUCCAAUAAGAUGUGGGAGAGCCUUGUGGAGCAUGCGAAAACUUGUGUCUUAAGUGGAAAGUAUUAUAUAUACUACUCAGAUGAAACAAGAAAUGUUGGUGCUAUCUUUAACAACAUCUAUGAAUUCUGUGGCCUAAUUGCUAGUGGGCAAUUCUAUUCAGCAGAAGGCCUGAAUGACAGUCAGAAGGUCUUUGCAGAUGCAUUGGUCAAGAAGGCAUAUGAUAACUGGAUGCAAGUGAUAGAAUAUGAUGGUAGGGCCCUCUUGAACUUUACAAAAAACAAGAAAGCACCUGCUGCGCAAAAGGAAUCUCUGUUGGCUUCAUCAAAUUAUCCAUCUUCAUAUGAUCAGCAAGUCUCUCAAAUGCACUCACAAGCUUCAGCCUCUUCAACAGAACUUUCAGCUGAAAUGGGAAAUACUACAGGAGGAGGAACCAUAUCUGCCGGAUAUAGCGGAACGCAGUCUGCUAGAUACCCUAACCUCACUCAACAUGUGGAUUCUGAUGCCCAUAUUUCCACUGAAAGCACUUCAUCUACUCCACAGAAUCAGUUAGUUGGCUCCACACACCAGACCCAAUUCACAAGAACUGAUGGCACUAGUCUGGCACCAGCCCCACCACAGCAGGCAAGCAUGGAAUUGCAGUCAUUGGGCCACACUGUACAGCAACCAGACCUGAGCACCUACGACGACUGGUCCCGCCAACGGGAUAGCCGCGGCAUAGAUGACUUCUUCUCGGAGGACGAGAUUCGCUUGCGAAGCCAUGAAUUGCUCGAGCAUGAUGACAUGCAGCAUCUGCUUCGCGUCUUCACCAUGGGGGGAGCACCCACUGGCCUUCAUGAUGAUGGAUAUGCCUUCCCAUCGUACAUGCCCUCACCAUGUCCUGCCUUCAACUUCGACGACGACCGGAGCCGUACAUCUGGUAAAGCUGUUGUUGGGUGGCUGAAAAUCAAGGCAGCUAUGAGGUGGGGAAUCUUUGUCCGUAAGAAGGCCGCCGAGAGAAGAGCUGCGCAGCUUGUCGAGCUCGAAGACUAGCUCAAGUCCUUUGUUGUCAUCGUCGGCAAGGGCUACAUGUUGUGAACUUGUUUGCUUGUUAGUUGGUCCUGCAUGUCAACUAUAUAUAAAUAUAUAUAUAGGAUGAUUCAGAUUGUUUAAGUUUGGUAUUUGAUUUGCUUGUUGAAACUGACUAUGUUGCCAUGUGACAACUCAUGUAUAUUAUGAUUCUUGACCAUCUAAGUUUCUA